UUCACAAAUCUGUUUUGAACUUAACAUUUAUUUCAGUUUGGAAACUCACGUAUUGUGGGAUUGUAACUAAAGUGUCUGUUAAAAUUGCGUGUGGAUAUAAACUUCAAUUUUUAUUUGGUAGAAAAAAAGAUAGUCAUGUGGAAAACUAAUGUCUUUGUGUAUGUCAUCUGCAUUCAUAUGCCUACUACAUCAAGUGCAGACCAACGUUGUGGUGAAGCCAUGGUCACCUGCAGCAAUGGGAAGUGUAUCUCCAAGGGGUGGUUGUGUGACGGAGACGCUGAUUGUCCAGACGGUUCAGAUGAACAGAUGUGUGCUACCCAGACUUGUGCACAAUUAGAAUUUGCUUGUGGAACUAAUGGCGCAUGCAUUCCUAGAAAGUGGAGAUGUGACAAGGAAUUAGAUUGUGAACGUGGAGAAGAUGAAAAGAAUUGCAAAGUUUGCACUGCAACUCAGUUCUAUUGUACCGCGGACAACGUGUGCAUUGAUAAUGACUUGAAAUGCGAUGAGGUGCACGACUGCUCAGAUGGAAUAGACGAAAACAACUGCACUGUCACACACCGACAUUGUGAUGGAGCCAUGUUCACCUGCGCCAAUGGGCAGUGUAUCUCCAAGGAAUGGCAGUGUAACGGCGAUGCUGAUUGUCUGGAUGGUUCUGAUGAACACAAGUGUGCCGGUGUUUACAAUUGCACUGAGAACCAGUUCAAGUGUUCCAACAAUAUGUGCAUUUCCGAAACCAUGCACUGCGACCACACUAACGACUGUUCGGACGGGUCGGACGAACAGAACUGCCAAGUCGGCUGUGCUGGUAACUUGUAUGGGUCUAAUUGCAAUAUGACGUGCCCAAAAACUUGCAACACAAUAACGGUCGGGCCUUCGUGUCACGCUGAAAACGGAUUGUGCCUUGCGGGGUGUCUGAACGGAUUCUAUGGCCAAAGAUGUUCCGAUGUGUGCCAACACUGUGUGAACAACACAUGUCAAAAAGACGACGGGGUCUGCGUUCACGGAUGCAUAAUGGGAUAUACACUCGACGUUUCUGUCCAAAAAUGCCUAUAUGACAACAAAGACGGCAUAAUGGCACAAACAGAAGGGAGCAUUUCCAAACCAUUACCUGUAUAUGCCGUAGUCGCAAUAGUUGUCGGUUGUGUUGUUCUAGUAGUGGUUGUCAUAGGAGUGAUCGUCUAUCGAAAUAGAAGACGAAAUGCGUCGAGAAGUUUUGAGACUGCUAUGAAAGCAGAAGCAGUUCCCGAUGCUACCUACGAGACUUGUCAGAAACCAUUUGACCGAAUUAACACCACCAUUGAUAGAGAGGGAGUGAGUAUUGGACGAGUCAACGAUUACGAAGUACCUUUCCCAUCGACCUCUUGCAGAAAUGCUUUAGAUAAGAACGACGAUAACAUUUACUCAGAGCCGAUCGAUUGAUGCUCUUUAAAGGAUGGUAUUGAGUUAUAUAUAUAACCCAUUUAUUCCUAGUGAACUCUCCCAUCCUUCUAAAUUGCAUCAAUUUAUGUCAAAAAUUAGGGAUGUCUAGUAUAUUUAUUUCUAUGUUUAGAAUAUUUGUUACAGAAAUUCCUUUAAGAAAACAGCGCAGACCCUGAUGAGACGCCGCAUCAUGCGGCGUCUCAUCUGGGUCUACUCUGUUUGCCAAAGGCUUUUUUCUCGAAGCUAGGCAUAAAUGGGUUAAAGGGACCGUCAACCACGAAUGACGAAAAAAGAAAGUUCUAAAAUACCGUAUUUUUUACAACUGUUAGUUUAUAUUGAUUAAAAUAUCACGACUUGUAUAUUACAUUACUAGAAAAAAGUUCAUAUUCUCAGUAUAUUCGGUAAUAAAAUAGGUGACAUAACGAUUUACACACUAUAAAUAACGCAAGUAGAUUAAUCAUUGUAUAUAUAAAUAUAUACAAUUCACUACGCAAGCACUAAUUGCAUUUCUGGGUUUACCACGUGUCGAUGAUGAUCAAUCUACUGGCGUUAUUUAUAUAUAUGGUAGUUACCUGGUAGACAUACCCAUUACCAAAUAUACAGAAAAUAUGAAAACUUUACAACUUUUUUCAAGUAAUGUAAUAUACCAGUCGUGAUAUUUUAAUCAAUUUAAACUAAUAAUUGUAAAAAAUACGGUAUUUUACAACCUUUCUUCGUCGUCGUGGUUUAUAGUCCCUUUAAUGUCGCUGACCAGCUACAUGUUUGAUUUAUUUAUCAAACAAUUUUACACUCUUGAUGAAUAACUGUGUAAGGUAUUUUAAUGAGUGUGGUGAAUUUGUAAACAGAUCGGUUUGUUUAUUUACGUCUUUGUGUCCCUCAAGUUCCUUGUCUAGGGAAUGUCCUCUCCUAUUGUUAUAUAUAUUUAUUAGUCCCCUACCGGUUUCACCGGAGGGGCCUUAUGGUUUGCACUCCGUCUGUCUGUCUGUCAGUCACACUUUUCUGGAUCCUGCGAUAACUUUAAAAGUUCGAAAUAUUUUUUCAUGAAACUUGGAACAUAGAUAGAUGGCAAUAUGGACAUUAUGCACGUCAUUUCAUUUUGUUACUACCUCAAAAACUGUGGUUGCUAUGGCAACGAAUAGACUAGAAAUACUGCUGAAAAUGGUGUUUUUUCUGGAUCCUGCGAUAACUUUAAAAGUUCUUAAUAUUUUUUCAUGAAACUUUGAACAUGGAUAAAUGGCAAUAUGGACAUUAUGCACGUCAUUUCAUGUUGUUCCUACCUCAAAAAUUGUGGUAACUAUGGCAACAAAUAGACUAGAAAUACUGCUGAAAAUGGUGUUUUUUUCUGGAUCCUGCGAUAACUUUUAAAGUUCCUUCAUAUUUUUUAAUGAAACUUGGAACAUGGAUAGAUGGCAAUAUGGACAUUAUGCACGUGAUUUCAUUUUGUUACUACGUCAAUAAAUUUCUAGCUGCUAUGGCAACAAAUAAACUAGAAAUACUGCUUCAAAAGUUGUUUUAUUCUGGAUCCUGCGAUAACUUUAAAAGUUCUUAAUAUGUUUUCAUGAAACUUCAAACAUGGAUAGAUGGCAAUAUGGACAUUAUUCACGUCAUUUUCUUUUGUUCCUACGUCAACAAUUAUGGUUUCUAUGGCAACACAUAGACUAGAAAUACUGCUGAAAAUGGUGGUUUUCUGGAUCCUGCGAUAACUUUAAAAGUUCUUAAUAUUUUUUCAUGAAACUUGCGACAUGGAUAGAUGGAAAUAUGGACAUUAUGCACGUCAUUUUAUUAUGUUCCUAUGUCAAAACGUCUGGUUGCUAUGGCAACAAAUAGACUAAAAUUACUGCUGAAAAUGGUGUUUUUCUGUGGAUCCUGCUAUAACUUUAAAAGUUCUUAAUAUUUUUUCAUGAAACUGGGAACAUGGAUAGAUGGCAAUAUGGACAUUAUGCACGUCAUUUCAUUUUGUUCCUACUUCAAAACUUCUGGUUGCUAUGGCAACAAAUAAAAAAAAUAUUCUGAAAAUGGUGGAAUAUCUGACAAUGGUGGAGCCGGUAGGGGACUUUUAUUGCUUGGCAAUAGUCUUGUUGAAUAUAGUAUUAUUAAGACUUGUGUUUUAUUGAUUAAUAUUUAUAUUUUCUACCAUUGUGCAUGGUCAAUUAUCACUUUCAUCCUUACAUUCAGCGCCUACAUCUCCAAAACAACUUUCUAAAAUGUUUAUAUCAUGAAGGCUUUUUUCCCGCAAAGUUGAAACGAUUUGCGAAAAAUAUUUACGAAUUUUUUUAAUAACACUGUCUUCGGUUGUUGCGAAUCGAGUCUUCGUCAAAUUAUAUAGUAAAUAUGAGAAGACGAAGAAAACAGUAAAAUCACUAUGUUAUCCAAAAUAAAAAAAUAAUACGAGUGAUUAGAUACCCUUUCUGUGAUGGUUUCAGCUGUUACCACCUUUGACGACUUACAUGGGAAGCGACUUAUACACAACAUAAUAGUAAUUUGGUAACCGCAUUAAUAACUCAAUUCGCGAUUAUUUUUAUGUUUUAACUUUUCGCAUAGCGUAAUUAUAUUUCCGUUUAUAAUGUCGCAACGAUCUAAAUGUUUCUUUAUAUUUGUAUGCCCCCCUUCGAAGAAGAGGGUGUAUAUGGUUUUGCACAUGUCGUUCGGUCGGUCGGUCCGUCGGUCGGUCUGUCGGUCCGUCUGUCGGUCCGUCUGUCGGUCCGUCUGUCGGUCCGUCUGUCGGUCCGUCCACCAAAUGGUUUCCGGAUGAUAACUCAAGAACGCUUUGGCCAAGGAUCAUGAAACGUCACAGGUACAUUGAUCAUGACUUGCAGAUGACCCUUUUUGAUUUUCGGGUCACUGGGUCAAAGGUCAACGUCACAGUAACUCGAAAUAGUAAAAUGGUUUCCGGAUGAUAACUCAAGAACGCUUAGGUUAGGAUCAUGAAACUUCAUAGGUACAUUGAUCAUGACUGGCAGAUGACCCCUAUUGAUUUACGAGUCACUAGGUCAAAGGUCAAGGUCACAGUGACUCGAAACAAUAAAAUGGUUUCCGGAUAAUAACUAAAUAACGCUUUGGCCUAGGAUCACGAAACGUCGUAGGUACAUUGAUCAUGACGUGCAGAUGACCCCUUUUGAUUUUCGGGUCACUGGGUCAAAGGUCAAGGUUACAGUAACUCGAAAUAGUAAAAUGGUUUCCGGAUGAUAACUCAAGAACGCUUAGGCCAAGGAUCAUGAAACUUCAUAGGUGCAUUAAUCAUGACUGACAGAUGACACCUACUGAUGUUAAGGUCACUAUGUCAAAGGUCAAGGUGACAGUGACCUGAAGCAGUAAAUUGGUUUCUAACGUAUUCACACAAUGGCUUCCACUACAACUGACAGCCCACUUGGGGGGGGGGGGGGCGUGAGUGUUUUACAAACAGCCCUUGUUAUUUUGUUUUUUUAUCAUCGACUUAUCCAUUGUGUUCGUAAUAAAGUUAUUCCAUUUUUGUAUUAUAAAAUAUCUACGUUAUAUAUUUUAUAUUUGCAUGGCUAUAUUUGUAUUGUUUAGUUGGUAUUUGAUUUUUUUUCCAUUGUGUAAAAUAUUGUUAACAUGUAAGUAAAAUAUAUCUGUUUGGUAAACAUUUGGUAAAGGUCUUUAAAAUAUGUAUACAAAUAACUGAUAUUGAGAUCGUACAUGUAAAGUUAUGAAUGCAGACAUUUCAUAAACUGUGCCGACGGAAGAGACAAUUUAAAUUCAAUUAAAACCAGUAUGUUAUUGAGCCGUCAUGGACAAAAUCUCAUAAUUGAUCAACUUGUAGAGUAACUGAUUGCAAGAAAUACAUUUUAGCAAACUCCUGCUCGACAUUCUACCGAACGCUUGAACAAUCUGUGGAGAUAUUUAGUCACACCAAUAAAUCAAUCUAAAAUGAAUAAUUCAAAAGAAAAAAAAUACAUGUAUAUAUAGUCAUUAUAGUCAUUUACGAUUUAAAAUCAUCAUAGUGUUUGUAUAUGGACUUCAUUUGCCCAAUAAUUUGCAGCUAAUUUAUUUCCGUAAAGCUAUUAAUCAAUACUCGAACUAAGUAGUCAUACUUAGUUCUGCAUUAAAGGGGCCUUUUUUCAGAUUUUGACAUGUAUGGACAUUUGUCAUUAAAUAAAUUAAAUUGAUAAAUGUUAACAUUGGAUCUAAAAAGCUCCAGAAAAAAAAAUUAAUGAAAGAAAAAAAGUAACCCUCAACUGGGCUCGAACCACUUACCCCUGGAGUAAACGCCUAUCGCUUAGACCACUCGGAUAUCCGUCCUCAUACAAUAAAUGAUGUAUUUUAUACUAUAUAUACGUAAUCAUCGUAGUAUCCCAAAAUAUAACGACAACAACAGAACUCUGAAAAUUGUUCAAUCGUUUUGCGUUGCAACGCUUUAUAAUUUUCAGGCUUUUAAACCGUCAAAAAGGCAUUCAAUGGAUAUUUUAGCACUGUUUAUUUAAACAGUAUUACUGUUUCCUCACAAAUAUCAUAACUACAACGCAAAUGUGCGAAUCUGAAACAUUUUUGUUUAAUUUUGUCAAUUUACCAAAACGUAAAAAGGUCCCUUUAAGACCAUACCAUCGAUCAGAUGUUGAAGAAUGUGUACUAUGGACACGGAGCAGACAUGUUUGUAUUAAGUAUAAUUUCUCCAAUAUCCAAGUAGCUAUGACUAAUUAUUGCAUAUGGACCAGUACAUACAUAUCUUUGUAUUAUAUAGUUUAAACAAUUCUUAUAGAUUCAGCCUGUCACAUAAUUUGAGCUUUUGAAAUAUGCAUUUUAAAACUGGAAUAAAUUAUAUGUACUAACUGCAG